AUGUACAGUUGUUUAUUGUAUGACUACAGCAGGUUUGAAAUGAACAGAAACGACUUCACCUACGAGAAGAUAAUCACACACUGCAGCCGCGAAGAACAUGAUCUUUGCGAGGAGAAUGAAUUCUAACACUGCCACAUUUUUGUGUUUGCCUCAGCCGUUCUGCCGCCUACGAAUCGCUGCUCACCCGUGGGGAGGCGUUUUUUCUGAUUUUUUCGGUCGGUUUGCACAAAUUGAACGCUGGCCAAUUUUCGAAAAGUUCAAGAUUUCUUGUCUUUGCCUCGCCGUUGGCCGCCUAUGAAUCGCUCCUCACCCGUGGGGAGGCGGUUUUUUUGAUUUUUUCCGCCAUUUUGCAAGCAGCUGACGCCGAUUUUCUUCAAAAACUGCGACAUUUUUGUCGUUUGUCUCAGCCGUUCUGCCAGCUACGAAUCGCUCCUCAGCCGUGGAGGGGAGCUUUUUUUGAUUUUUUCCGCCAGUUUGCAACCAGCUGACGCUGGCCGAUUUUCAAAAACUGCGACAUUUUUGUCGUUUGUCUCAGCUGUUCUACCAGCUGCGAAUCGCUCCUCAGCCGUGGAGGGGAGCUUUUUUUGAUUUUUUCCGCCAGUUUGCAGGCAGCUGACGCUGGCCGAUUUUCAAAAACUGCGACAUUUUUGUCGUUUGUCUCAGCCGUUCUGCCAGCUACGACUCGCUCCUCAGCCGUGGAGGGGGGCUUUUUUUGAUUUUUUCCGCCAUUUUGCAAGCAGCUGAUGCUGGCCGAUUUUCAAAAACUGCGACAUUUUUGUCGUUUGUCUCAGCCGUUCUGCCAGCUACGAAUCGCUCCUCAGCCGUGGAGGGUAGCUUUUUUUGAUUUUUUCCGCCCUUUUUCAAGCAGCUGACGCUGGCCGAUUUUCAAAAACUGCGACAUUUUUUUCGUUUGUCUUACCCGUUUUGCCGCCUAUGGAGGCGUGCUGUUUUGAAUUCGCAUUAUUCUCGUUCAUUUUGCAAGUCCAAGCUGUUGACGCUGACCAAUUUUCAUGAAUUGAGCGUUUCAAAAGAUGCAUGCAUGAAAAAAGGUGACAGAGCAGGAGGACCAAGACCUUCGGCUUCGCCGGGGGCAGGCGCUAUCCAAACAAGCAACCAAACAUGCGCGGCAAUCAAUCUUCUCUACCCAGGUGGCACAUUUGCAGUUGACCGUUUAUUUUCUACUCUUCACUAGCAUUGUAGCUGCAUGGAAAAACUAUCGCGAUCUAACAUGCAGCGCAGGUUCUUGUGAAAGUCAAAAGACGUUGAAAUGAUGAU